AAAGGGGCGGGGUGGGGGAGCCUGAUCUGCAUUCCUACCGGAGUGGCGGUUGCUUCGGCUACUGUUGUCAUGGCGACGGAGAACGCCUCAAUAGGCCGGAAGGCGCUUCUUAGGAGGAAGCUGGAGCCUCACGAGUGCUCCUGACCUGGACAAGAGAGAACGCUCCUCCGAUCUUCGCCGCUUCUCCUCGCCAUGUCUUACUCCAGCAGCCCGAGACGCACCGGGCUGCCCCGGUCGGUGCUGCGCUGGCUGCAGAGCCUCGACCUCACUUUCUCGCCUAGGCAUUUCUGUCGGGAUUUUUCCAAUGGCUUUCUUAUUGCUGAAAUAUUCUCUUGGUAUUACCCAGAAGACAUUCCAAUGCACUCUUUUGAAAAUGGGACCUCUUUAACUGUCAAACUCAGCAACUGGUCACAGCUUGGAAAGUUCUUUGCAAAAAGAAACCUGAAGCCCAUCCGAGAGCUUAUUGAUGGAACAAUUCAUUGUAAACCAGGAGCUGCAGAAAUAUUUGUACAAGACAUUUACACAAUGCUGACAAACAGGCGGAUAAAACACAUUCAGGAUGAAGAAAUUGACUUUACAGACCGUAUUUAUCAGGAUAAGUUACCAAUGGUUGCUAGAUCAACUGCUUCAAGAGCUAUUAAAUCCAACAUUAAGCUAACAGAAAUAAUGGUGGAGCCGAAUAUCAACAGAAACAGACAGAAGAUUAAUGCUAUCAUCAACAUGCAUAUGCAGCGAAGAUUGCGAGAAAGAGAAGAAAAUCCUGAACGUUUUAAUAUUAAGCCAACAUUGGGAGAACGUGCCAUUCGUCGCCCUUCUGUUGUAUCUACUUUCUUGAGUUCAACUAACCUUCAAAGGCCAGUUCCUGUGGCAAGUGUAGCAUCUACAGAAAUCAGAGGCAAAAUGGGUGUUCACUUCAAAACCAUUCAAGUGAAGCAAGCAGAGAGAUUACCCUUUGAUGUGAAUUUAAGUGUUACAUCUCCAGGCAGCUAUAUUAAAGGACUAUAACAAGAGGAGGACUGAGGAGGUUUGAUGUUUAAACACAAAAGAAGCUUGUGACCAAGUUUCUCUACCAUAUUGAGAACAUGUGCUUUACCAGUGUACUUAAUAAAGCAUUAUUAAUGUUGCAGGAAAAUGACGAUAAGGAACUUUAUUUGUCCAGGUGUGACAAGGCUGCAUCAUAACACAGAUAAUCAGUGCCUUAUAUUCUUUUCACUGGAAUGUAUUAAAUGUCAUACCUAUGUUCUAAUGUAGAAGUGUUCUUCUCUAUGAACACCAGUAUGUAUCCACCUUGGACUCUUAGGUAGUGUUACAAGAUCAAUAAAGUGUAUUGGUAGGA